AGUAGCCUGCUUGGCUCAAGAGUGUGGCAUCACCCCGCAGGCCCGCCAGUGCAUUCUACCACUUUCGGACCUCCGUCGCGAUGGUACUGUCAGAUGGUGAGCUCUUCGGCGCUGUCGGCUCUGUCUACGCGGACGCCAAGGAAAUUGGGACGCACUGCAUGUCCGAACGUGCCGACUACACCACUUUGCUCACCGUAUGCAGGAAGUGGGGUCUCAAACUCGGCGCGUUCUAUUCUGUCUUCCUGCGCGGACUGUACACGCCGGAGGCGGUGCAAUAUUGUAGCAAAGCCUUGAGGAAAACGACCUCCCUCACAACGGCAACGAUGGCUCUCGCCCAAGGUCUGGCCCGAGCACGAGCAUUCGACGGUGCGAAAUCAUUCCCUUACGCCUGGCUCAAAGAUGGGGACGUCUGCUGGAAACAGCUCAUGACUUGCACUGCAUCCCUCUGGAAGUUCGCUGGAGACGUCGUGGACGGCACGCGAAGGACGCGGAGCGAAGUCGAUUCUCUGUUCCCUGCACGGUGUGGACCGCACAGCUUUUACAAAACCAAAAAGAAAGCUUCGCGGUGCUGCUACAUGCGGCGCCACCUCACCCGCUUCAUCACGAUUCUGGUGUUCGGGUUCCGCGCCCCUCUUUCGCCAGCUUGCUGGACGAUGGCGUGCUCCGGCAUGGGCUCCGGCCCCAAAGUGGCAUCGGAACUAUCGGGAUGCUGCGAUGAUUUCGCCGGGGCCGGAGAGUACUGUCACCAUCUCCAAAAACAGCAUGGGAAAAAACAACGUUCACAUUGCAUGAUUUUACAAUGUUCUUUUGUCUCAAUGUGACGGCGCUCAAACAAGCGAUCAGCAUUGCACGCGGCAAACAGCGUGCUCGCAACGGCAGCGGAGUGCACCGCAAGGGCGCCCAGACGUUCGAAGCGCAGAUCCAGGUCGACGGACAUCGAUACAGCCUGGGCACGUCGCGGACCGCCAGGGGCGCGAAGGAAUUGCGCCAAAAAGCUUUAAGGAAAGUGCGGCGGACAGGCACUUUCGAAAAGAAAAAGAAGAAGAAGUCCAAGAAUGUCGGGAUCUACAAGCACAGAAAUGGGUAUCAGGUGGUCUGCUCCGUCAAUGGAGAAACGCACGCAGGCCCCAAAUGCAGCAGCAUGAGGGCGGCCAGGCUUGCGCGGGACGCAUUGUUCCGCAAGCACGGCCGGGCAGCGUGAUGGGGGCAGCUUGCGUCCGCAUAUA